AUGUCCGGCAGCCCAUCAACGACAGAUGCAUCAACGCCAACCGCCAAAACGCCCGCCAUCACACACUCCGCGACAUUAACAGUUCCGCAUUUUACUCCGCCGUCGGGAUGCCUCGAUCUCGCCAAUAUCUGGUACGAGGAGGCCCCGUGCUCCUUAAGCACUGGCUGGUUCUUUAAAGCAACAACUAAACCUCAACCGCGGUGCAAUUAUUUCAACCUUAAUCACGGCUUUGAAUACAAUUCCACGAUAAUCUCAACAGAUACUUGCCUUCCAGGAUCCCUUCACGCUGCUACACAAUGCCCAGAGUACUACACUCCCGUAGGGACCCGCGUCACGGAACGUGGAACCAUGACGAGCCAGGAAAUUUUCUGUUGCCCCACAACUUAUAACUUCUACUAUGACGUGGCUACGUUGACGGACCAAGGAGGCAGUUCUGCUUCUCUGUUCUUCACGGAAUGCGUCGCCUCAAGCCCCUCGUUCCCAGGCCGCGCGCCAUGGACACUGACCGUCUCCGAGACCGUCUCCGAGUGGGCAGAGGGCAGUAUCUUUAAAAUGACCAAGACUUCAAGGACGAGAGAAUUCGAUCCCAAGGAUGACGUCCUCCUGGCUCCCGCUGUCACGAUAUCGUUCGUCAUUGACACGGACGGCAAGACAUGCGCCCCGGACUGCGAGCAUCCUUGGACGGGCGGACUAUGGCCAAUGCCGCCACCGACAUACACAAGCCCGCCAUCGGGAAGUGACUCGUCGUAUGGGAUGCAGGGCCUAGUUGUGUUUAUUGGAACCAUGUCAGCGGUCGGGUUUGUUAUUUUCGUAGCGUUUGGUUGGUGCUGUUUUCGUACCUGGAAAAGGACGAGGAUGGAACGAGAGACGUCGUUAGAGUUGGUCCAGUAG